AUGAGCCCUCUGGGCGGCGGGAGAAGAGGCCUACGCUCGCGGCUAUUUGGCAUCCUGUCAACUGUUGCCCAUGCUGAUUCUGCCCGGAUAUCGCCGAAUGCUUCAAUUGCGCGGAAACAGUUCACGUCUCUUUCUCCUUUGCCGAGAUACGCAACCAAACUAAGGAGCUCCCACGACGAACCGGACUCGGAUCCGCUGCCUCCAGAAACGCCUCUUCAUAGAGCCCGUCAAGAACCCGAAUUACCUUCCAGAACAAAAGGUUCCGCAGGACGCCAAAAGCUGGAGGAAACUAGCCAUCAUGGACAGAAGGGACAGCCGCAACGCCAGCGCACAGAUAUACCCGAACGCAGCCAAACACCUACACCACGUCUUAAUGCACAAGCUAAACCCAGCCGGAGUGUUACGCCCCCAAUAAGUGCGCCUUUGAGGUAUAUAAAGGGAUACAACCUAUCACAGCCAAAGCGACGGCAGCUCCGUGAGAAGAUCGAAAGCGAGUGUAUGGGUAUUCAAUCCUCUCCGGACCAUGCAGUCAAUCCUAGUGAAUACCUGGUUAGAGAAAUGUCUCUCUACCCUAUCUCGCAUGUUCAUCCGAGUUGGAAGAAGAACUUGAAAGCACUCUACGACCAUAAGCGCCGAAAUGUACCUGUACCAGAAACGUGGGAAUUGUUAAGCACGGAAGACUCCGAAGUCGUGCGUCGAUGGAUUAAGAGUAUUCUGGGUUCUCCUCGCACCGACCUCCCUCCUUCUGCACGGUGGCGGCGCCUUUGCCGAACAGAAGCUGCAAGGCGGUGGCCAAUUAUGGUGCUGUGGCUUCUCCUGCAUUCUCCCAUGCAAGCCCUGCGGUUCCUAGAGGCUACAACGACAAGAUUUUCUCCUUCAUUCCCUAUGGUUUCAGAUUGUUUUGUCUAUCUUGAAAAAUUCCAUGCUGCAGAAUUUCAGGACUCGUCAAAGCUGAAAAGCAGGUAUAUCCGCGCUUUACAACAUUGUCUCCGGCCUGAAGUUCUACCUUAUUUGUCAAAGGACUCACAAACUGGAUUUCGGCUUUACCUUAAACACUGCGAGCGCCACAGCCUUAUGAAGUGCUUCAAUUACGUUCUCAGGAAUCAAAAGUUUCUCUCUCUAGAGACUUUGUUUUACUUCACCGAUCUUUUUACCAAGAGUGGGAACAUACGAGAAGCGUUAAAUUCGUUACGCCUUCUUAUAACUCGGUUUGAGUCCCAAAACCAUGUCAGAUAUCAGAAGAUCUCGGAUCGCUGCUGCAACCUAUUAAAACUAGAUCGCUACAAGCGCCAGGAUGAUGGCACUAUUUCCUUUGAUAUCUUACCACAGAUACUGCAGAUGGGGGUACAACCUGAUUUGUUCAUUUUCAAUAUCGUGGUAUCCAAUGCCUUGAAAGCGGAUGACCUGGACACUGCGUUGCAGAUAGUUCAGCUAAUGGAAAACCAGGGGGUAACACCUGACUCGUAUACCCAUCUCUCAAUAUUACACCACGCUGUUCGCCUUAGGGACCAUGAAAAGGUAGACCAUAUCCUCAGCAAAAUUGCCAAAGUCGACACGUUGUCCGCACAACCACACCUUGUCAGCAAGACGUUGCACGCAAUGCUUUUAUUUCCUCACAAUACAAGCCCAGGCCAGAAAGGCCCCCUGGAAUCAUUCCAGAAAAUGCUUGACUUUUAUAAAAAAACGCAUCAGAUACAGCCGCUAGUUGACCUGGGCCUUGUACCACGCAGCCAAAAUGACGAGCUGCUUUCAGCAAGCAAAUCACCACCCUCAAGUCAUGUUCUUAAUAUCAUGAUCACCGCACACCUCAGAACAAGACCUCACUCUGACAAAAUCUGGAGAUACUUCACACGAUUCCAAGCACUGGUGGCCAGUGGGCACCCCCUGAUCACGCCUCUCGCUUCAACCGACUAUAUCUUUAACAGUUUCCUUAUGGCACUUCGGUUUGAACCCCAGACUAUAUAUAGAUGUUUCAAAAUCCUCAACUACAUGCUUCAGCCUCUGUCAGAACUGGCUGUUCAGACGAUACAAGCCCAGAACAGUGGUCCAGCUUCGCCGCGGCCCGCCCAACCAUCCAAACGAACAUGGACGAUCUUACUGAACACAUUAAUAUCUCAUAAUCAGAUGCAGGCUGCGGAGAAACUUCACCAGACGAUGAAAGAGCGUGGAGUGGAGAUCAACGAUGUAGCCUGGAAUAUACUGAUCAGAGGAUAUGCUUGUAACCAGAUGGUCGAGGCCGCAGCGAACGCACUCAAGGAGAUGGAAAGGCAGUCUUGGAGCCCCGAUGGCCAUACAGUCAAAGCUUUGGGUUUUAUUGAGAACCAAGAGCUGCUUCGUACCCUCCUUGAUCGCCUGGAUGCCGGCGAGUCCGAGUUGGAGAAAUCUGACCAGAACACCCAGGGUGUGAGGGAUGUUGACGUGUAA